GAUACAAGACCUUCUGUACGUGUUAGCUUCCGACGCUAGCAGGACACUUCAUUCAUGACUUCAUUCACCCUGACGACAUAGACGUAUUCGUCAAAGAGAUGGGUGAUGCGAUCGCAACUGGCGAUCCGCUACGUUUCUUCCACCGCUUUCGCAAAGCUGAUGGGGACUGGAUCAUAUUCGAAUCAUACGGACAUGCCCAUCUCAACGAAGAUUCUAGCCGAAUCUCUGUACAAAGAGGUAGCAUCAAUGACGGAGGAUUCUUCAUUACCGCUCGCCCUUAUCCGACUAAGAGUGCCGCCCUGAUAGACUCGUUUCUAGAGCACAAGAUUGAGAAUUUGAGGCUCACAAACCACCUUAGAGAACUUCAAGAUGACGGAGAAGACGACUCUGAGCCUCGAGAUUGCCGAGAGGAGACAACAGAUGAAGAUGGGCCUGUUUUAGGCAGCGAUGAAGAUUCCGCCCAAGAAAACUCGGAGAGAUUCAGAAUGUCUGACUCUCAACCCCCCGAACGAGCGCAUUAUGUCAAGACGACCCAAACCAACCGUAUAGGCGAUCUUGGCAUUCCAUUUUCUCCAUACGCCAAUAGCGGGAGAGUGUCUAGAAGAAAAAAAAGGGGAGGUCUUGAAGCUGUAUGCGGCUAUGUGUGUUUGAGUUGUGGUAAUCUUGACUCAACAGAGUGGAGAAAAGGACCCAACGGACCGAAAACACUUUGCAACGCUUGUGGAUUGCGCUGGGCAAAGGCCCGAAGGAAAGAGCGAAAUAAGGAGCUUAGCGCCUUUCCCACACAACCUACCGGACGGUGAUCAUGAGAAGUGCCAUGAGGUCGGGUGCUGGUAUCAUCAACAGGAAUUAGGGGAGGGUCUAUGUUGUAUCAGAUAUACCAUCUUAGUUUCGUUCAAACGAAGAACAUCAC